GAGAGUCGCUCCGCGCACGGCGCACCGCACGCUCCGCACUCAUCACAUGACAGCGCAGUGAUCACAAGCGGCACAAACUACAACGGAGGGAUACUCAGAUCGUGUAUGAUCUGCAGAGGCUCCGAGUGACUUUUUAUUUUUUUUCCAAUACCAUUUCCACUUCGCUUCCACAGAGGAUUUACUUCUUUACGCGUUUUACCCGGUGUGAUCAAUAAUGCCAGCUGACACGAUGGAAAAGCAGACGGCAUCUCCGAUUGCCGGGGCUCCUGCAAACGGAUCUCAUACACCGGACAAACCGAAAAAUGCCAGCGAGCACAGAAAAUCGUCCAAACCGAUCAUGGAAAAACGCAGAAGAGCGAGAAUAAACGAAAGCCUUGGACAGCUCAAGACGCUCAUCCUGGACGCGCUGAAAAAAGAUAGCUCCAGACACUCCAAGUUGGAAAAAGCAGACAUCCUGGAGAUGACAGUGAAGCACUUGAGGAACCUGCAGCGCGUACAGAUGAGCGCAGCGCUCUCAGCGGAUGCCACAGUCCUGAGCAAAUACAGAGCCGGAUUCAACGAGUGCAUGAACGAGGUCACCCGCUUCCUGUCCACCUCCGAGGGGGUGAACACGGAGGUGAGGUCGAGGCUCCUCAACCACCUGUCCAGCUGCAUGAGCCAGAUGAUGUCCAUGAACUACCCGCAGCAGGCCCCGUCCCAGCAGGCGCACCUGGCCCAGCCGCUCCAUGUGCAGCUCCCAUCCACUCUGCCCAUCAGCGGAGCAGCUAUGGGCUCCAAGCUCAGUCCUGCCGAGGCAGUCUCCCCUAAAGUCUUCGGUGGGUUCCAGCUGGUGCCCGCGACCGAUGGACAGUUCGCUUUUUUGAUCCCCAACCCGGCCUUUGCCUCCGCCACAGCCCCUGUCAUCCCCCUUUACGCAAACGCAGGAGUGCCUGUCGCGGUUAACGCCAGUCCGGUUCACGGCAGCUCAGCACCGACUGCAGCAUCUCCAGUCCACGGCAUGACGUCCUUCUCCGGGGGGUCCCAGGCCGUCAGCCCGGUGGGGGUCAGCACUGGCUCCGAGAGCAGCGAGCCUGUGUGGCGGCCUUGGUAGUUUACGUGGCCCAGAGACUCAUGUGAAACCAGUUUGCAUUAUUUUUCCAGUUUAGACUUUUAACUGACUGCACACACAACUGUUGCGGGAGUUGAACCUGUGACUUUUCCGCUACGGGAUGGUAACUCUAACCACUGAAUGCCCCCCCAGUAGUUCUUGUUGUUUCGUUUUAUGGAACAGAAGUUGCCUUAAAUGGCUCAUGAUUUGUUUUUGUUUUUUUUAAUAAUUUAUUGUUGAUUCCAACAUUUGGAUGUCGGUGGUAAACAUGCAGAUGGAAGAUUUAUAGGAAAUUUUUGUUAUGAAGUACUUUUUAUGAAAAGGUUUAGUUUUGUACAGAGGUGUUAUUGUUUUACCAAAGCUGUGUUUUAUAUUCUUUGUUGAUUUCUGUUGAAAAGAAAAAGCUGAAGUUGGGUGGUGACCCAUUGUUUUAAUAAAUAAGAUUUCAUAAAGUCA